AUGUCGCACAGGAGCUAUAAGCCCACGCUGCACAAUGAAGACGACGUUCAGGUUAAUGCGGAUAGUGACAAUGUGACUGAUCAUCAUGAUAAAUCUGCUAGUGUUGAUGAUGAACCAGUUCCAGUUAGUGUGGAUAUUUAUGACCCAGCAAAUUGGGCUACUCUUGGUGUUGGUAACAAAGAAAGGGACAUGUUAGUGAAGAAGGGUCCUAUCAGAGAAGAGGAUAUAACUUUUCGUUCAGAUGCUAAGAAGAGACAUUUUUCAUAUUCGCAUUAUACUAGACAGAUGAGCAAUGGAGAGGUACGUGAUCGAAAAUGGCUAGUUUAUUCAAGAAGUGUUGACAAAGUGUUCUGCUUUUCAUGUAAGUUGUUUAAUCCUAUCAACUGCAAGAGUUCUUUGGCGCAUGAUGGGUUUUGUGAUUGGAAACAUAUCACCGACAGACUCAAAGAACAUGAAGUUAGUGCUGAUCAUAUGACAAGCAUGAUCUCUUGGAACGAAUUGAGAAGUAGACUAAGCAAACAUGAAACGAUUGACAAGGAGUUGCAGCAUGAGAUCACAAAAGAGAAGGAGCGCUUGAGGCAAGUUUUACUAAGAAUAGUUGCUAUUGUGAAAUUUCUUGGUAAACGCAGUUUGUCAUUCAGAGGAUCCAGUGAGAAACUUUAUGAUGAUCAUAAUGGUAAUUUCUUAGCUUGUGUAGAAAUGAUUGCAGAAUUUGAUAUGGUAAUGCAAGACCACAUUAGACGGAUUCAAAGCAAAGAGAUUCAUUAUCAUUAUCUUAGUCAUAAAAUUCAGAAUGAGUUGAUUUCUCUUAUGGCUUCAAGCAUUACAAGCACCAUUCUAAAGGUAGUUAAGAUGGCCAAAUAUUUCUCGGUCAUUCUUGAUUGUACCCCAGAUGUGAGUCACCAGGAGCAAAUGAGUUUGUUGGUCCGAUGUGUUAAUACGUCUGAUGCGCAGGUAAAAAUCGAGGAGUACUUUCUUGGUUUCUUGGUAGUGAAUGACACAUCCGGUGAAGGGCUUUUCAAUGUACUGGUUGAAUCCAUCAAGUCAUAUGGUCUUCUUAUUGAUGAUAUUAGGGGUCAAGGUUAUGAUAAUGGCUCUAAUAUGAAAGGAAAGAACAAAGGAGUGCAGAAUAGUUUGAUCAAGGUAAAUCCAAGAGCUUUGUAUAUGCCGUGUGCUUGCCACAGUCUUAAUCUUACUCUUUGUGAUAUGGCUAAAUCUUGUGGUAAGGCUGUUUCUUUCUUUGGUAUCGUGCAACGGAUCUAUGUUUUAUUUUCUGGGUCUACCAAAAGAUGGAAAGUGUUGCUUGACCACGUGGAAGGUUUAACUGUAAAGUCUUUGUCUAAUACCCGUUGGGAGAGUCGGAUCAAAAGUGUCAGCGCAAUAAGAUUUCAAGCUCCUCAGUUAAGGUCUGCUCUUCUUUCGUUAAGUGAAGAUGUUGAUACUGAACCCAAGGAUAGGAGUGAUGCAAAUAAUUUAUUUAAAGUUCUUGGUAGCUUUGAAUUUAUAUUUGGUAUGGUUAUUUGGCAUGAUAUAUUAUUUGCAGUAAACACAGUCAGCAAGAAGUUGCAAUCAGCAUCCAUGUGCAUUGAUUCUACAAUUCAACAAAUAGAAGGUAUGCGCACUCACUUUGAGACAUAUAGAAAUAAAGGAUUUGAUGUUGCUUUGAAGACUGCCAAGGAUAUUGCAUCUGGGAUGGGUGUAGAGCAAUCAUUCCGUGUAAAGCGUCAUGCUUCGAGGAAAAAGCAAUUUGAUGAAACUGAAUGCGAGGAAGCAAUCUUUCAAGCCGAGGAGGAUUUUAAAGUUAACUAUUUUUUGGUUAUGGUCGAUAUGGCGACCACAUCUUUACAGCGCAGAUUUGAAGAACUCCAGUCAUUUAAAAGUAUAUUUGGGUUUUUAAUGAGUUCCAAAUCCUUGAAGGCAUUGGAUGGUCCUCAACUGCAAGAACAGUGCACAAAAUUUGCAAAAACUUUUACUCAGCCGGGCAAAUCUGGUAAACCUGAUACAUGUGAUGUUGAGUUGAAUGCACUUAUUUCCGAGUUAAGUGUUAUGAAGUUCACUUUGCCAGAUACUGAUACACCAAUGUCUGCUAUGGAGAUUUUCGAGUUUGUCAGAGAAGCGGAUUGUUAUCCUAAUAUUUCUAUCGCUUAUCGGCUCUUAUUUACUAUGCCCUUGACUGUUGCAUCAGCUGAAAGAAGCUUUUCAAAGUUGAAAUUAUUGAAGAACUAUUUGAGAUCUGUAAUGUCUCAAGAGAGGUUAAAUGGUUUGGCAACUCUAUGCAUCGAGAAGAAGUUAGUGGACGAGAUUGAUAUUGACUCCAUCGUCAGUGACUUUGCUUCUAGGAAUUGGCGCAGAAAAUUUUAA